AUGGCGGAUAUCCCCAAUCUCAACUCUGGUGCUGGAUUGAAGAAGCUCGACGAGCAUCUUUCCACUCAAUGUUACAUUACAAGAGGUAUUUCUUGUGAAGGGAGUGGUGUCUCUAUUGAUGGAUUGGACACUAUCCCAGAAAAGGAUGGUAGGGUUGUUGUAAUUGAUGAUGACCUCCUUAUCAUGGAAGAGGCCGAAGAGGAAAAGAAAGCUGCUGAAAAGGAAGCAGCUUCUUUGAAAGCAUCCACAAAGAAGAAUGAACUUUGGCAGUCUGCGGUAAUAAUUAUCACACCGAGUGAUGCUGAGACCGACAUGAAGAAGCUGGAGAAAGAUUUGAGAUCUAUUCAAAUGGAAGGACUGUUUUGGGGACCAUCAAAACUUGUCCCCAUUGGUUAUGGACUGGAGUUGUUGCGGAUCGUAGCCACCGUCCCCUGUAAUGAGGAAUGGGAUAAUUUAGGCAUCCUUGUCGAUGAGCAUAUAUGGAAAUUUGGGAGAUUCAGCAUUGAUACUGCUGGCUUGUACGAAUCUCUACUUCUUAUAAAGCCGAAUGAUGACGAGGCUGACAUGAAGAAGCUAGAGGAAGCUGUUAGAUCCAUUCAUGCGACAGGAUUGUUUUGGGGAGAAUCAAGAGUUGUCCAAGUUGGUUGUGGAGUCAAGUUGUUGGGGAUCGAGUGCACUGUCAUUGGAGGCAUUAUGCGUCUUGGAUGCAAGGGGUUCUUAACGAUCGACGACAUUGUCAAAGAGGAAAUAAUGGGUCAUCCGUAUGUCGAGAGCUGUCAAGCUCUCCGCCUGGAUAGAAUAUGUAAUGGUAUCAAGUCAGAAGAGGAAUCUGAUUCUAAGGAUGAUGAUGCGGCUGAUGAUGAUGAUGGUUCAUUGAAAGCAUCGAAGAAAGAAUGUAAUCAUGUCUUGUCUUAA